CUGACCUGCUCCUGCUCUCUGAUUGGCCAGAUCUGGCAUCACUCUUUCUACAACGAGCUGCGAGUUGCCCCAGAAGAACAUCCCACCCUGCUGACCGAGGCGCCGCUCAACCCCAAAGCCAACCGAGAGAAAAUGACUCAGAUCAUGUUUGAGACUUUUAAUGUUCCUGCCAUGUACGUGGCCAUCCAGGCAGUCCUGUCGCUGUACGCCUCUGGACGCACCACAGGUAUUGUCUUGGACUCUGGUGAUGGUGUCACCCACAACGUCCCAAUCUAUGAGGGCUACGCCCUACCACAUGCAAUCAUGAGGUUGGAUCUGGCGGGCCGCGACCUUACAGACUACCUCAUGAAGAUUCUAACAGAGAGAGGCUACAGUUUUGUCACCACAGCUGAGAGAGAGAUUGUGCGUGACAUUAAGGAGAAGCUGUGCUAUGUGGCCUUGGAUUUUGAGAAUGAGAUGGCAACGGCAGCCACUUCGUCUUCUCUUGAAAAAAGCUACGAGCUUCCUGAUGGUCAAGUGAUUACCAUUGGCAAUGAGAGGUUCCGCUGCCCAGAGACACUCUUCCAGCCAUCGUUCAUUGGCAUGGAGUCGGCUGGAAUUCAUGAGACAACCUACAACAGCAUCAUGAAGUGCGACAUUGACAUCCGUAAAGACUUGUAUGCCAACAAUGUGCUGUCAGGAGGAACCACCAUGUACCCGGGAAUAGCUGAUCGGAUGCAGAAGGAGAUCACAGCGCUGGCUCCCAGCACUAUGAAGAUUAAGAUCAUUGCCCCCCCAGAGAGGAAGUACUCUGUGUGGAUUGGUGGCUCUAUCCUGGCCUCCCUCUCUACUUUUCAGCAGAUGUGGAUCAGUAAACAGGAGUACGAUGAGGCUGGACCCUCCAUUGUCCACCGAAAGUGCUUUUAAAGAAUUUACUCCCUUCCUUAGAUUGAUGUGCUCUGCAGCCUCCCCUCAGUUUCCAGCUUCAGCACUGCCUUUAGUUUAACCUGCACUGAGCACCAGCAACUACACCCUAGAUCAGCCCAAUUCAAACUGUGAAUCUGCUACUUUGUCCUGCCACUGUAACAACACCUUUUACUCCAGUUGUGCCCUAUCCUUCUCCAUGUUGGUUCUAAUUUUGCUUCGAAAAUAACCUUGAAUGUUGGUGGGAAGCAGAGCACAUUUGCACAGCCUUAUGAUGAUGUCACAGAGUGUACAACAGAUGAUCAGGAGGCGUGGUCUUGCCAAAGGUGUGUAAGCACCACAGACAUGACCUUCCAGGAAGAAAUAAAGAGCUCCAAUAAAACACAAAUAAUUCUUGUCCUUCA